GCAUCCCAGUUUUUCUCUUCGUUUCAUCGGAAAUUACUGCAACUGACGACGAUGGACGAGAGUGAGCCGGCGGAAGUAAUGCACGGAGAACAAUCCAAACCAUUCUUGGCCGUUCGUUUCGUUCUCUGCGGGUUCGAUCCCGUCAGGAAAGAACAGGUUCUUUCGGCGCUCUUAAAUGGUGGUGGAGUGGAUGCCAGACGGUAUUGCCCUGAUUGCACUCAUGUGAUUGUUGACAAAGUUGUGUAUGAUGACCCAAUAUGCGUUUCUGCUCGAAGGGAUGGGAAAGUGGUAGUGACUAGCUUGUGGGUUGAUCAUUGUUGUGAAGUGGGAAUGCCAGUUGAUCAUAAUUCUAUUUUGUAUCGCCCCUUGAGGGACUUGAAUGGCAUUACUGGUGCCAAAUCUCUGGUUAUUUGCCUAACUGGAUAUACUGGUGAAAUUCGGGACGAUAUUACGAUCAUGGUUGGGUUGAUGGGUGCCACUUUUUCGAGGUCAUUGAUUACAGCCACGGCUACUCAUCUUGUAUGCUACAAAUUUGAGGGAGAAAAGUAUCGUACUGCUAAGAAAGUGUCAAAUAUAAAGAUAGUCAACCAUCGGUGGUUGGAAGAUUGUUUAAAGUCUUGGGCUCUACUUCCAGAAACUGACUAUAAUAAGAGCGGGUAUGAUUUGGAGAUGAUGGAAGCUGAAGUUAAGGACUCAGAAGAAGGGCGAGAUGACAUUCCUGCACAAUCAAAUGGGGAGAGAAAAAUGGUUACUUCUUCGCACAACUCUAGAAGUGCCAAUCAAUCCCUUUUGAAGCCGGACUCUUUAAAUGUGACCAAUUCCAAAAUUUCUAGAUCUCCACAAGAUGCAAAAAAUCUUUUGCAAUCUUUCAAGAAGCAAGAUCUCUCUGAAGACUUAAAUUUGUGUGCAUCUAGAGCUCUAUCAGAUCAACACUUCAACAAAGUAUCAUCAUCUGCCGGAAAGGGACCAAAACAUGCUCAAGCUGAAAUGGCAGCUUGUAGUGACAAACUCCCUGACCUUCCACUAAAUGAUAAUGUCUUAGCAUAUGGUGCUACUUGUACCGAGCAAAAUUCUGGUGUGUUUAAAAAAAGUUAUUCCCGGAAAAGCGGGAUGAAAAACAGUCUCGUUAUGGAAGAAGAGAAAGGCAAUGGAGGAACUCCUCUUACUGUCAAUGCAGGAAGACACGACAAGGGUCAAAACUUAAUAUCAUUAUUAGAUUUAGAAUGUGAUGGAUUACAUACUGCUGGUGCAGAUUCUCAUACUAAAGCAGCAUCACCUUUUGGAAAUGAGCAAAGUUAUAUAUCAUCAGAGAAAAGAAUGUUGACCACUCCAUCUAGUAGUUCAAAGAAGCAAAGGAAAACACAUACCCAAGGGACAAGGAGAGAUGGUGCAUUGAUUGCAAGUGGAGCUGAAGUGUUAGAGGCUGUUUCUUAUGCAAAGAACGGAUUAGAAUCUACAAAUAGGUCUCCUGUUAAGAUCUUCAACAUUCCUACUCCAGAUGGUGCCAGAGAACUUUGCUGUAAGGAAGCACUUGAGACUGGGUUGCCUGAAACUAUGGAAGAUGUCAGUGCCGAUGUUGAAGUGAAACAAAAGGAGCUGCAAGGAUUCAAACUAACAUCGCCUGGAAGCAGAGCAAAGACUGAAAACCUUAACGAGUUAGCUGGUGUUCAACUGCUUGAAGGAAACACAGAAUCUCAGCCCAGAAAGCAUAAGAAAAGAUGCCUUUCUAUGAAGACAGAGAAAUCCAAACAGGCUUUUGGUAAAGGCCAUGCUAGUAAUCAGAAGGGUUCUAUUUACCUGAACAAGAAUGGAGAGUCUGCUGUCUGUUCAACCGGAGGCGAAGAGAUAAAAGGCAAGGACGAUUUAAAUUCUGAGAAGGCUGAUGUUGCUUCCAUGCACAAUGGAGACAGCAUCAAAGAAUCUGGUAAAAGUAAAUCUUUAGAUUCAGAAGCCAAAAAAACUCGACACGUGUUUGAUGCAACUGAAGCUCCAGAUGACACUGAAGAUGAGUUAAAUGAUGGUGUCCCUUCUUGUGUUAAGGCCUUUGAUUUUGAAUCACCACAUUCAGCAGAGGAAGAAGAAGGUAGCAUGCUCAAUACAGAUUUCCAUCCUGUAGAAAAUUGCGAUCUUGAAACCAUGGUUGAUAAGGCUGAUUUGAACCCUGAUGCGACAUAUGUAAAGAAACAGCCGAAAGGUAAGAAACGCUCAUUAAGUAAAGAUAAGGAAGUUAUUCCACGUGCUACACAAGUCUCACAAUCUAAAGAAGGUGCUCAGAAGAAAAGAAUCACGACCAAAAAUAGUAUGAAAGGAAAAGGCAAACAAGUAAACAACUCCAUGGAAGCUGAAAAAGAAAACAUAUCAAAUGCGAAUUGUGAGAUGCAUGAGUCUCAUAAAAAGUCUUGUAAGUCUAAAGACAUAGAAGACAAAGGAGAAGUUAACAGGGGAUUAUCUGAGAGUAACAAGGACCACAAAAUUGGAAAAGUGACCCCAGAGACAUGCAAAGAGCCUAAUAAAGGAGUAGAAACAACUGAGAACCGGUAUUUUAUAGUUUCCGGGCAUAAGCUACAGAAGAAGGAGUUUCAACAAGUAAUCAAACGUUUGAAAGGGAGAUCAUGCAGAGAUUCUCACAACUGGUCAUAUCAAGCAACACAUUUUAUCCUUCCUGAUCCUGUUCGCAGGACAGAAAAGUUUUUUGCUGCCGCCGCUUCCGGAAGGUGGAUAUUGAAGGUGGACUAUCUAACUGCUUGCAAUGAGGCAGGUAUGUUCUUGGCAGAGGAACCAUAUGAAUGGCACAAGAAGGGAUUAUCUGAAGAUCUAGCCAUCAGCUUAGAGGCCCCAAGGACAUGGCGACUCUUAAGGCAGAGAACUGGUCAUGGUGCAUUCUACGGAAUGCGAAUCGUCACAUAUGGAGAGAUAAAUCGGCCGUCAUUGGAUACUUUGAAGCGUGUGGUCAAGGCUGGGCAUGGAACCAUCUUAGCAACCUGUCCAUCUUAUGCUCGCUUCCUCAAGUCAGACAUCGACUUUGCCAUUGUGUGUCCAGGAACACCACGGCAAGAUAUGUGGGUCCAAGAGUUUCUGAGACUCAAGAUACCAUGUGUCUCAGUCGAUUACCUGGUGGAGUACAUCUGCAAGCCCGGUUACUCCCUGGACAAGCACGUUCUAUACAACACCCAUGCAUGGGCAGAAGAGUCUUUACAGAAGCUGCUGACGCGGCUCUCCGGUGAGGUCGAAGUAGAUGACUUGGCCCCACCUGAAGACUGCGAUGACAAUGGGGGCAACGACAUCCGUCCGUGUAAGAGCGCCAAGAGGAAGCGUUUAAGUUCCACUUAACUUGAAUGUGGUGGCGGAUGCCGGAUGGGGUAGAAGUAGAGUGGUGUAGAAUACUG